UUAUGUCGUACAAAAAAAAGUUGUAAUCUUUGUCUACUUACUAGUUAAGUUUUUAGAUUCUAGAUGGGAAAAUCGAUGGGCCUGCCUCUACGGCUUCAGUUUUCAAGCCUCGACGACUGAUUAAUUUAUCUGUCCAGACAACAAAGAAAAAAAAAAGGUACAAUUUUCAGUUUCUUCUUUAACUAUCUUCUAUGUACUUUCUUGGUUCUUUCUUGGUUUUUCCUUGCCAUUGAUCAGAAACUAGUUGAGAGAGAGAGAGAGAGAAUAGUGCAAAGACUUUCUCACACACUGUCUUAAAAAACCGCGUUAGAGAAAUGGUCUUCCUCCUCAGAUCUCUCUCCCUUUCACUUAAGAUAAAACCCUGAAACUUUCCCGCAUUUUCUUUCCCCUUCUUCUACAAUUUUAAAGUAAACUCAUCUGCUUGAAUUACCAAAAUCAUCUGCAAAAUUCCCAGAUUCCUCCGCAAGAUUCAGUUAAAAGUUAGUUGCUUUAAGCUAUAAAUCAAAUACCCACUUCGAUCUUCUUCAUUUUGCUCUCCUUCUCUUACAAGCUCAACAACAUAGGUUUGGUUUCUAAUGAUGGGAGGAAACCCAUCCAAGAAGAAGCAAAACAUUGAGUACGGUUCACCUACAACACCUGUACAAAUGAAGAUCAACUCAGCUUACACAGAACACUUAACCUCAUACGAACGAGCUUGCACCGAAGACCCAAAGCUCGAGUCUUUCGACUCAUCCCUUCACCGACGAACCAACCUCGUCAUCAACAACCUCGCAGCAUCAUCAGGCGUCGAGAUCAAAUCCCUCUCCUUCGAAUCCCUCAGAGAGGUGACGCAAUGCCUUUUGGACAUGAACCAAGACGUGGUCAAAGUUAUAUUACAGGACAAAGAAGACAUAUGGAGCAAUCAAGACAUGUUCUCUCUUGUCAACAUGUACUUCGACAGCACCGCGAAGACCAUGGACUUCUGCUCUGAGCUCGAGAGCUGUCUCAACAGGGCGAGGAGAAGCCAAGUGAUUAUAAAGUUUGCUGUCAAACAGUUUGAGGAAGAGGAAUAUAAGAAGACCCUUGAGGAGCUCAAGAGGUUUACGUUAGCUGGCGAUCCUUUUUCGAAAGAGUUCUUUGCACUCUUCGAUUCGGUGCAUAGACAUCAGGUUAUGAUGCUCGAGGAGCUUCAUAGGCUGAAGAGGAGGCUCGAUAAGAAGCUUAAGAGCGUCAAAACGUGGAGACGAGUUUCCAACGUGGUGUUCGUGACCGCGUUUGUCUCUGUGCUGAUCUUCUCGGUGGUCGCAGCAGCUGUGGCUGCGCCGCCUAUAGUGGCGGCGCUGGCCGGCGCGUUGGCUGUUCCUGUGGGGUCUGUUGGGAAGUGGUGCAACUCUUUUUGGGACAAGUAUGAGAAAGUGGUUAGAGGGCAGAAGGAGAUCGUUACGUCGAUUAGAAUCGGGACGUAUGUGUCGGUUAGGGAGAUGGAUAGUAUAAGUGUGCUUGUGCGUAGAGUGGAAGUGGAGAUUGGGUCGUUGUUGAAGAACGCUGAGUUUGCUGUUGGUGAUGAGAGAGUGGUGAGGCUUGCUAUAGAUGAGAUCAAGAAGAAGCUUGAUGGGUUUACUGAGACUAUUGAAGAGCUUGGGAAGCAUGCGAGUAAGUAUUGUAGCGAUGUGACGAAGGCGAGGACUGUGAUUCUGCAGAGGAUAAUCAGAUACCCUAAUGGUUCAACCACUGAAGAAGCUGCUUGGACCGAAAUGUUGUCGUGAGAAGGUGGAUUUCAGAUUAGUUGCUGGCUUUGAAGAUUGUUGAUUUGCUUUGUUUAGCACAAGUAUUAUUAUGAAUAGCUAAAGAGAAGUUAUCAAAGUAAAAAUGGAUAUUUUACUUAAUGUUAUUAGUUUCCCUGAUGUAACCUUUGCACAAUGCAUUAAUUAAACCUGUUGGAAGAUUUUAUGCGA